CCAACCAGAAUUUGGUUGUUUCGUUUUGAGGGCCGCGCGCUGAGGAUAGCCAUGAAGAUUACUUCUAUUGUCGUCUUGUUAGGAUGCGUUACCCACGUUCUCUCUUCUGGAUAUGGCCAACAGCGAGGCCGACCAGCAGUUCUUGGAGAGGUUUAUGAUAUUGCUUAUUCGCGCUCGUGGGUUGGCGAUUCAUCCAACCAAGAAGGCACCGGAAAAGGCACAUCGCUCUGGACACAGGAAGACAACGUCGUGUCCGACACCGAGAGAGCGAUCAGCAAAACUAACAACCAAGCGGCCGUCACAAAGUCUGAAACCGAAACGGGACGAUUGUACGGUAACCAAUACAAUGUUCAACGACCUGCGAGAAUAUACGCCAACAAUCGCAAUAGAUACGGAGGAGGUGGUUACGGUGGAAUUGGAGGUGGAUACGGCGGUAUCGGCGGUGGUUAUGGGGGUACAGGAGGUGGUUAUGGAGGAAUAGGGGGUGGUUACGGAGGAGUAGGAGGUGGUUACGGUGGUAUCGGUGGCGGCUACGGAGGAAUAGGAGGUGGUUACGGAGGAAUUGGAGGUGGAUACGGCGGUAUUGGAGGCGGCUACGGAGGAAUAGGAGGUGGCUACGGUGGUAUCAGCGGUGGUUAUAGAGGAGUAGGAGGUGGCUACGGUGGUAUCGGUGGUGGUUAUGGAGGAGUAGGAGGUGGCUACGGUGGAGCCAGUUACGGGGGAAUCAGGGGCGGCGGAUACGGAGGAGGGGGAUAUGGCGGAGGAGGUUAUGGUGGAAGAGGGGGUAGCAUCGGUGGUUACGGUGGAGGAAGUUAUGGUGGUGUAAGCAGCGGGUACGGUGGCGGAGGGUAUACUGGUUAAGCGCAUAACAGUUAUAUUAGACAUCAAUGGAAAAUAUUAUGUUCUGAGAACUUCGUUUUCAAUUGUACAAAAUAUGGCUGGCUUUGUAUUUGAUAACGCGUAUGCAGCGCCAACGUCGUCACAUUCAUCUAUCUGUACGUGUAUGCAUAGUACCGUUAAAUGCGCUACACUGUAAAAAUUAUUGAGAGCACGGUCGCAAAAUGAUUAAUAUUAAUAUUUUAUAUAAUUAUCACAGCUUCUUUAAUCUGAACUUCAAUUAUACAGUAUAGAUAUAUCAUGUGAUGAACAUUCGUAAUCGCAUACUCACGAACGAACCCAUAUGACUGUGAUAUGAACAUAUAGGCCUUAAUUGUACAAUACUUUUUUUGUAAGUUUGUGUUAUACACAACGUUGAUUUCUAUGAUAUAUACAAGAUUAUAUAUUAGAAAUGUUUAUACAUCCAUAUAUUUUCUUAAAACGAUCUGUAGUAUACUGAGAUGGUUGAUAUAGUGUGGCAGCACUAAUCAAUUUCCAACUAAUAAAACUGAAGCAUUAUAAAAAAAAUAUCUUACGACAUUUAUUAUGCCUUGUCACUGUGUUCUGUAACUAUAAAUUAUAUAUAUGCUGUGUAUAUGACCGUUAUUCUGGAA